GGCAACUUGAAUAAAAAAGUGAGAGAUGAAUAAUGAAGGGGACCUUCUGCAGGAGUGUUGGUUUUUGUGUCCUGGGACUCAGGGGUGAUUCUGUCCGCUGCUGGUAUGAAGACCCUGAAGCUCUUCACCUCUAGCCCCUGCUGGAAAUAGGCCGUGUCAAGUCUAUCAAGGAUUCAAGAGAUGAAUGUAAUGAGACGGAAGGCAGCAGGAUGAGUAAAUUAAGAAGGACAAGAAAGAAAGUCACUAAAUCACAUAUUUCUUCAACUGAAAUAGGAGGAAUGGAUAUGUCCAUCUCAAAAGAAAGGAUCAAAGAACAAAUGGUGUGUCACACAUUAGGGGAUACGAGCAACCCAGCUGUGGGAACUGGCUCUGAUGAAUCGCAUCCGCAAGAUGACAAGGACUCCCAGGAUCAUACAGCAGAGAUGAAACCCUCACCCCUCAAAACAUCAGCCAGGGCUCCUGGUAAUGAAUUCAACCCAGACUCCAGCUGUACCGAUGACACUGGGGACAGCACACAAAUUCUGAAGGUACCUCAACUCUCCUCUAGAAUGAAGCACAUUAAAAAAGAGAUGGCCAAAAAUCACCUUCAGUUUGUGCGAUUUGAAGCAACAGAUCUCCAUGGGGUGUCCAGGUCUAAGAGUAUCCCUGCACACUUCUUCCAGGAAAAAGUGACCCAUGGUGUUUUCAUGCCCCGAGGUUAUCUCGAAUUGAUGCCGAGUCCUAAGGGCCACGAAGUGGAUCACAUAAGAGCCACAUGUUUUAACAGUGACAUCGUCCUGAUGCCCGAGCUGUGCACCUUUCGGGCGCUGCCAUGGGCCGAGAGGACCGCAAGAGUGAUCUGUGACACGUUCACGGUGACGGGCGAGCCCCUGUUGACGUCCCCGCGGUACAUCGCCAAGCGGCAGCUGAGCCAGCUGCAGGGCGCGGGCUUCUCCCUGCUCUCUGCUUUCCUCUACGACUUCUGCGUUUUCGGGGCGCCCGAAGUGAUCAAUUCCAAGACCAUCUCCUUCCCGGCUGCAACCUUGUUCAACAACCACGACCAGGCCUUCAUCCAGGAGCUGGUCGAUGGUUUGUGUCACACCGGAGCCCAUGUGGAGAGCUUCUCCUCCUCGACCAGGCCCGGGCAGGUGGAAAUCUGUCUGCUGCCCGAAUUUGGCAUCGGUUCAGCUGACAACGCGUUCACCCUCAGAGCAGGCGUCAGAGAAGUGGCCCGGAAAUACAAUUACAUCACCAGCUUUUUCAUCGAGACUGGCUUCUGCCAUUCAGGAAUCUUGUCUCACAGUCUCUGGGAUGUGGGAGGGGAGAACAAUCUGUUCUGCAGCAGCCCCGGCCCCGGCCCCGGGCCGCUCUCCGCCACCGGGAGGCGAUGGGUGGCCGGACUCUUGAAACACGCGGCCGCGCUCAGCUGCCUUCUGGCUCCUGCCGGCAGCUGCCGAAAACGCUACUCCAAGGAGAGCAAAGAGCAGCAGGAGAGUGUGCCCACAACGUGGGGCUACAAUGACAACAGCUGUGCCUUUAAUAUCAAGUGUCACGGGGAGAAGGGCGCCCGGGUAGAAAACACACUGGGCUCAGCCACGGCCAAUCCUUACCUGGUGUUGGCCGCCACGGUGGCAGCAGGUCUGGACGGACUUCAAAGCCGCGAUGGUGCCCUGCCUGGAACCGAGGAUGAUGACAGCCCUGAGCCCUACCCGUCAAAGCCUCCUGAGAUCCCUUUGAAGCUGGAAGAUGCCCUCGUGGCGCUGGAGGAAGAUCCAUGUCUGCGACAGGCUCUCGGAGAAACUUUCAUUCGGUAUUUUGUUGCCAUGAAGAAAUAUGAGCUGGAAAAUGAAGACACAGAUGCGGAGAGAAAUAAAUUCCUGGAGUAUUUUAUUUAGCAUGGAUCCCUUCCCGAUUCCUUUAGAGAUGUGGUUUUGUGAGUUCAGUAGCUGAGCUAGCAGAAAGAAAAGAUUGCGCUUUUGUAAUGAACAAGAAGAUUACAAGUGCUGUCGCUCUUCUAUUUUGUCGCCAUGGAAUGGCUGACGGACAAAGUGGGCUGCUGAGAGGACUCUGAUAACACUAAAGUUGCCGUGGGGCUGUGCUACGCAAACUCACCAUGUCUUGUCCAGCGGGUCAUCAUUUCCUGUGUAUGUUGACCUCGAUCAAAUAUUCAGUUUUUUUUUUUCAGGCAACAUGUAUAUUCACACAAUAAAAAUGUCUUAAGAAUUAGAAAGCAAAAUUUACAUCACUUAAAAAAUAAUUUAAAUCAUACAGAUAGGUUGUGACUGCCAGGGAGACAAAAAGACUUGCGAGUAUAAUCUCACGAAUCAAGACAUACUGGGGAUCUAUUUUGCAAGCAUCAUCGUGAUGUUUCCAAAUAAGUUAAAUAAGUUUGGCAAAAAUAUGUCAUGAUGACAAGUCAGCAAGAGUGUUCCCAUAUGUCCCUUCUCUUUUUACCCUUCUUCAUCAGCAACUCCUCAAAGGCCAAGGAACUUCAAGGCUAUAAGGUCCGCAAGAAAAAAAAAUCCACAAGAAAUAGAAUUUAGGCUGGGAAUGAUGAGGCCAAGUG